GAAUAUAAAAUUAAAUAAAAUUAUUUGGAACCUUUGGUUGAGAAACACUGCUUCCAAAGCACGUGUUAUUUCAUGGGUUAUAAUUCUGAAAAUAAUAAUUUUUAAAUAAAGAAACAAUUUUUAAAAAUUCCGCAAAGAAUUGUUAGAUAUGUCUGAAACAGUAAAUAAAAAUAUUGAUUCCGAGAAUAAUUUUAAAGAUCGUAAUAUUAAACAAGAAUUUGUAGAAGAAAAUAAAUAUGACAAAUGUAAAAAAAAUUUCAAAAAAUAUCGAUCACCUAAUUAUUAUGGAAAAAAUAGAUAUAACAAUGAAUUUCGAAAUGAUAAUUUUGGUAAAAAAUCAUUUAAACGCAAUUGGUCGAGCUUGAAAUCAAACGGAAAAAGGAAGAAAUUAGAAGUGGGAAAUCGGCUAAAAGAAUGCGAUGUUGGUAUUAUAGAGUUUAUAGGAAAUGAAGGUUUUUUUGGUGUUAUCAAAGAAAGAUAUACGGAUUUUCACGUUAAUGAAAUUGCUCUUGAUGGACAAAUUGUUAAAUUAACAAAUCAAGACAUUUUAUCAGAUGGAGAAGAAAAUGAGAAUCUAGAAGAUUUAAAAAAAAUUAUACAAUCAGAUACAAUUUGGAAUCAGUUACAGGGAUUGAAAGAAUCGGAUCAAUCUAGUAUAGAAAUUGAUGUGACAAAUAUGGAUAAAGAUCAACGAAGAGCGAUUCAUAGAAUCGCUAAAACAAUAAAGAAUGUUAUUAGUCAAACUAUAGAUAAAGAAAAUAAAAAAAUCAUGAUGAUUUUGCCAAAUAAGAAAAAUGCUAAUCAUAAUUUUCGAAAAGAUGAUAGGAUAGAUUGGAAGAAAAGAGGAGAAUACUGUUAUUUUUUGCUACAUAAAGUAAAUAUGGAUACAAUGGAUGCUUUAAAUCAAUUAGCCAUGAAUUUAUAUUUGAGGCCAAAUAAUUUCACUUAUGCUGGAACAAAGGAUCGUAGGGCAUGGACUACUCAAUGGGUUAGCGUGAAAAAGGUUACACCUACAGAUAUAUUAAAAGCAGCAAAGAACGUACAUGGAGCAUAUGUAGGAAAUUUUAAAUUUGGAACAGAAUCAUUAAAACUAGGCAUGUUGAAUGGUAAUUGCUUUAGAAUUGCUUUGAGAAAUGUUAAUGGGACAGAUGAUCAAAUCGAAAAAACAAUGAUUUCUUUGAGAGAUCAUGGAUUUAUAAAUUAUUAUGGUUUACAAAGAUUUGGUACUGUAGCUGCUAUUCCAACUUAUGAAAUAGGCAAAGCUUUACUUCAAGGUAAAUGGAAUGAAGCUAUUGAAUUAAUUUUGAAACCCAGAGAAGGAGAACAAGAUGAAGAUUUAGUAGAAGCUAGAAAAAUAUAUGAAACAACUAAAGAUGCAUGUUCUGCAUACAAAAGGAUUAAAAGAUGUGAUAAAAUAGAGGCUACACUUUUAAAAGGUCUUUGUACAUCUGGCAAUAGUAAUCCUCAAGGUGCUUUGGAUUCAAUACCAAGAAAUGCUCGUUUAAUGUAUAUUCAUGCCUAUCAAAGUUUUGUAUGGAAUCAUAUGGUAUCGAGAAGAAUAAAAGAAUUUGGGAAGAAUCCUAUAGUGGGGGAUUUAGUAUAUGAAAAUAAUAUAAAAGAAAAUGAUAAUGAAGAACAAUUUGUUUACGAUAACGAAAACGAAGUUAGAACUGAGACCAAUGCGGAAGAACUUGAUCAAAAAAUAAAUGAACUUGAUGCCGGAUCAAAUUUGAAAGUAAAAAUCGAGGAAUUUACUAAAACUUUAGAAAAAUCACCAAAUACUUCAAUUAAAGAAGUAACGAAUGCUGCAGAAUGUUGUCUUAAAAUUGAUGAGAAUGAAAAACAAAGUGAAAUUUUAAGUAAUCUACCACCGGUAAAAGUACUCGAAGAAAAUGAUUUAUCAAAUUAUACUUUGGCAGAUGUAUUAAUGCCACAGGUUGGUUGGAGAGUUACAUAUCCACCUUAUGCCAAGCCAUGGUUCGAUGAAUUUUUAGCAAAAGACGGGUUAACUACCGAUUUGAGACAGAAGAAUAAAAAAUAUAGUUUAGGAGGUGCUUAUAGAAAAAUAUUAGAAAUUCCUUCAAAUUUAUCUUGGAAAAUUAUGCAUUAUACAGAGAAGCAUAGCGAUCUUAUUAUGUGCGAUAUUGAUGAAAUGAGAAAAUCAUCACCUCCAAAAGAUGAUCCAAAUGGAAGAUUCAAAGCUAUAAUAAUACAAAUGUCUUUGAAACCUUCUACAUACGCAACUAUGGCAUUGCGUGAAAUUUUAAAAUCUGAUACUUCUCCACAAGCACAAGCUGCUCAUUCUGCCGCGUGUAAUGCAGAAAUGAAUAAUUUAAAAACCUCAAAAAAUGAUAUAGAGAGCGAAGAUGAGAGUAAAUUUGAUAAUUCAAAAAAAUAUCCUAAAAUCGAAGAACAAAAAUUGAAAGAUGAUAAAAUGGAAAUAUCAGAUACAGUAUGAAUCUGUGAUUACUUUUUUCAAUAAUUAAAUAAAAGAAUAUUAGUGAAUAUAAAUUGAAAUGCAUAAUUAUUUUUAAAACAGCAUUAAAAUAUUAUCCACUUAUCUUUUUUAUGAAUAUUUAUUUGAAUUCUAAUUUAUUUAUAUGAAUAAUGAAAAAGUGACAACGAUUUAUUUUCAUCUUAAAUAAGAUGAUAUUUAAGUUGGUUUAAUUAUUUUUUAAAAUAUAUUAUGAGUUAAAAAGACGCAUGGAUGUUUCAAUCCUGAUUCAUAUGAUCUUUACUUAAUUCAAUUAUAAUAUAUAUAUAAAAUAUAUAUAAUAAAUAUAUAUAUAUACUUACAUUGAAUAGAAAAAAAAUAUUUUUAUUAUAAUCAUAUAAAAAAUAAAUAUAAUCAUAUAAAAAAACAUAAUGAUUUGUAAUGUAUUAUUCGUUAGAAUAAAUAUUGAAAUUGAA